AUGCGGGCGCUCGCGCAGCAGGUGGCAGGGCUCGCGCAGAAGACCUCCAUACCUGGCUCGGGAGCAGCUGCAGCGACCAAGCCGAGUGUGUGGUCCAAGGAGCCGAAGGAGGAGCAGGAGAAGAUCAACUACCACGAGAAGGGCCUCAAGGAGUGCUGCAAGGUGGAGGAGGACGGCGGUGCUGCGCAGAAGGCCACCACGCAGAAGCUGACGAAGUGCAAGCAGCAGCUGGACAGGUACAAGAACGAUCCCAAUAGCCUGCAGGAGAAGCUUGAGAGCAUCACCGGGAAGAUCCAGAACAAGUAG